CGAUGUGACGAAGCCACACACCUACGUCGGUCGGCUUGGAAGGGCACCAGCCGGCUUGGCUCGCUCGGUAACCAAGGACGGUGCGACCGGGACCUGCAUUCACCCAGCGCCAGUGAGUGACUCUGGUUCCGGGUGUUCAAUUUACGAGAAGCGAUUACUUAAUCGCUCAUGUCGAACCGGCGCCUCCACGUCAAGAAAGCUGACGUGAGGAUGAAUGAGAAGAAAUGCUCAUGGGCGUCUUACAUGACAAAUUCCCCUACCGUGAUUGUGAUGAUCGGUCUGCCUGCCCGAGGGAAGACAUACGUUUCCAAGAAGCUCACACGCUACCUCAACUGGAUUGGCGUCCCCACCAAAGUGUUUAAUUUGGGCGUGUACCGCCGAGAGGCUGUCCGAGCCUACAAGUCCUAUGACUUCUUUCGCCAUGACAAUGAGGAGGCCAUGAAGAUCAGGAAGCAAUGUGCGCUUGUGGCACUGCAAGAUGUGAAGGUGUAUCUGACAGACGAGGGUGGUCAAAUCGCUGUUUUUGACGCAACCAACACAACAAGAGAGCGUCGUGACCUCAUUCAAACGUUUGUGAAGGAAAAUGCAUUCAAGGUGUUCUUUGUGGAGUCCGUGUGUGACGACCCGGAAGUCAUUGCUGCGAAUAUCAUGGAAGUGAAGGUGUCCAGCCCGGACUAUCCCGAGAGGCACCGGGAGCGCGUCAUGGAUGACUUCCUAAAAAGGAUCGAGUGCUACAAGGUUACUUACCAGCCGUUGGAUCCUGAUGAUUAUGACAAGGACCUGUCUUUCAUUAAAGUGGUGAAUGUGGGCCGCCGCUUUUUGGUGAACCGGGUGCAGGACUACAUCCAGAGUAAAAUUGUCUACUAUCUCAUGAACAUCCACGUGCACUCCCACUCCAUCUACCUGUGUCGCCAUGGCGAGAGUGACCAUAACGUCGAGGGGCGCAUCGGAGGAGAUUCAGAACUCUCUCCCCGUGGGAAACUGUUCGCCCGGGCCCUGCGGAAGUUCAUUGAGGAGCAUGAGCUGUCUGACUUGAAGGUGUGGACGAGCCAGCUGAGACGCACCAUACAGACGGCGGAGGAACUGGCCGUCCCCUACGAACAGUGGAAGAUACUCAACGAAAUUGACGCGGGUGUGUGCGAGGAGAUGACCUACGAAAUGAUCCAAAGGGCGUUCCCAGAGGAGUUUGCAUUGAGGGACCAAGACAAAUAUCACUACCGCUACCCAGGCGGAGAGUCGUACCAGGACCUGGUCCAGCGUCUCGAGCCGGUCAUCAUGGAGCUGGAGAGACAAGGCAACGUGCUGGUGGUCUGCCACCAGGCAGUCAUGCGCUGUUUGCUGGCCUACUUCCUGGACAAAAGUGCAGAGGAUCUGCCCUACAUGAAAUGUCCGCUCCACACAGUCCUCAAACUUACCCCAGUGGCAUAUGGCUGUAAAGUGGAAAUGUUUUAUCUGAAUGUGGAGGCAGUGAACACGCAUCGCGACAGACCACUUGUGAGUAUAUCGUUUACGUCUGAACGGGUCCAGAUUUCACACGGAGCAAACUUUUUUUUUGGGAGGGGGUGUGCCGUUAGAUUUUUGUAAUGUAAAUGUGUUACUUGCGUGAAUAAACGUUGGGAAGCACUCGGCUCGAUGACAGGUUUGUUAACACAAACGCAACAGGAAUUUCUUGUUUUGAAUUAAUGUUUUUAUGCCACAAUGUAAUCUGCAUUACACAGAGUCCCCAUCAUGAAGUUUGGACAAAAUCAAUGGCACAAAUGAACAAGCCCUUUUUUUUUCUUUUAACAAAUGUUUUAUAUUCAUGGCUUACAAAUGUUUCACACAAAUAUUUACUGUAUUUAUGACUUCAUUACUGGGUAAGUGAAGGUUCACAUUCCGAAUUGUACACGGUAUAAAUUUGGAUUACAUUGCCAGCGUCAAAACUCCACUGCAAGCCUCCAUACUUAUUUUAAAGUCUAUUGCUCUUGCACCUCUUUUUCUUCCUUUCCUUCCUCGUUGUGGAAUGUUGCAUUUUGCUGAGGUGAGGAUUAGCUUUAAUGAGAGCUCAUGGCUGGCCAUGCUGCCGCACUUGGCUUGAAAUUGAUGACGAUACCAGGAAUCGCGCCGGUUGCAUCCUGAUUCUAUUACUUUCCAUUCUUCCUCCUUUUUGUACAUUCGAAGUGUGUCCAGUGAGGUAUCCCAGCUGUGCACCCCCUUCCUCCUCCCAGCUAUACAUUUUCUUUUUCCCCCCCCGCACCCACCAGGGUCAAAUCCCCAAGGACUCCACCCUCUUACUCCGGCGAAAUAGUUAUACACCCUUGUCAAGUCACGACCAGGUCAAGCGUCCCCGGCUGUACAGCGCCGGCAACCAGCCCUGGCUGCCCCUCGCCCCCACGCCGUCGG